CUCACUUUUCGGUCCCCGCUGCCGGCUGUGGGCUUGGAACGGGGUCCGCGUCGCCUCACUCGCGCCUCCGAGGCCGCCCUCUGAGGCCUCGAGCCGAGCCCCAUCUGGCCCUCCUCCGCGCCCCCGCCCCAGUCCUCGCGCCCGGUAGCCGCCCCCAGCCCAGCGGGUCCGUACCGCGGCCACAGGCCCCUUGAUCGUCUCCUCUCUCCACUUCCCUUCCCAGGCAAGUCCCCCAACGCCUCUAGCAGCCGCUCUUCCCUCUCUCGUCCGCGGAGGUAGUUGGUUACCAUGGUGAAGCUGGCGGCCAAAUGCAUCCUGGCAGGAGACCCAGCAGUGGGCAAGACCGCCCUGGCACAGAGCUUCCGCAGCGACGGGGCCCAUUUCCAGAAGAACUACACCCUGACAACAGGGGUGGACUUGGUGGUGAAGACAGUGCCAGUCCCUGACACGGGGGACAGUGUGGAACUCUUCAUUUUUGACUCUGCCGGCAAGGAGCUGUUUUCCGAAAUGCUGGAUAAACUGUGGGAGAGUCCCAACGUCUUGUGUCUCGUCUAUGACGUGACCAACGAGCAGUCCUUCAUCAACUGCAGCAAAUGGCUGGAGAAGGCUCGGUCACAGAUUCCAGGCACCUCCCUCCCAGGUGUGUUAGUGGGGAACAAGACAGACCUGGCCAGCAGACGAGUGGUGGAUUCGGCUCAGGCCCGGGCAUGGGCCCUGGGCCAAGGCCUGGAAUGUUUUGAAACAUCCGUGGAUCCCACAGUCCCCAGAACUCUUGAUGGAGCUCAAAAAUUAACGCCCACUCCCAACACAUGAGUCAUCACAGGCCACUGGGCUACGUGCUUCAACUCUGCGUGGGUGUUUGUUGCUGCGCCAGCGAAACGGGUGGGUAUCAAUUAUGCCGGGGGAGGCCGCGGUUAAGCACUUGGUAUUAACUGUGUAAGCUAACUAGUCCCCCGAGUUGACGCUAACAGAAGCACCUCUGGCAGCUCGGGUAAGAAAGCUGUAAUUAAAAAGGAAAUAGAACCCGAUGCCGCCUGAGACGCAGCCGAGCCUUGACACCUGGCGCCCGGCUCCGCCCUCCUGACGGCUGCUCGGCGGCCACCGUCCUGACGGUCCCCACGUGGUCGUCUGACCUUCUAUCUCUCUACCCUUCAUUCCAUCCCCAGAACAGGCUCAUCUUAAAACUGGAACUUGGCUCCCUUCGAUGCACCAUCCCCCACGUCCCCCACCGCUCCUAGCACCUGCCGGUCUGCUUUGUGUUUUUCUAU